CUCAAGGGCACCCAGAAUAAUCGGACACCUUAUUGGAGGAAGGGAUCAACCCAAGCAGUUUUCUCCCUAAUUUCUUGUCACUACUUCUUCCCCUCUUCCACCUUUCCUCUCUUCACUAUAAUCCUUCUCCCCCCCCCCCCUCCCUUCCCCAGUCAUGGCGUAUCAGACAGAAGUGAUCAGCUCUCAGCCACAGGUCACUGUCACAAGCUACACCAUCUCCUCCAGCACUGCCGAAUGGAGCUCCAAUGUGUGUGACUGCUGUGACGACUGCGGUAUCUGCAUCUGUGGGACAUUCAUUCCCUGCAUCCUGGCCUGUAAGGUGUCUCAGGACCACGGAGACAGCUGCUGCCUGCCCUUCCUCCCUGGAGCCAUGAUAGCCCUGAGGACCAGCAUCCGCAGCAAACACCACAUCUCCGGCUCCGUGUGUGAUGAUUGGGUCGUCAUGUCCUGCCUGCCUCUCUGUGGACUCUGUCAAAUGGCUCGAGAGCAGAAGUCUAGAGGAUGAUUGGUCGGAGGCCUGGGACAGGAUGGGAUUUAGAGACCGUCAAGCAUCCAUUGGAGGCGGAGGAACACCAUGUGUCUCAUGGCACUUGUGGUCUGGUCUGGUCUGUCUGUGAGGGGAAAUUCUGGGUAAAGUUGCACAUCCGCAAAACAAGACCACAUGCAGACAGUGUUGUUUCAUCAUAGGCCGAUAAAACCCCUAAGAAUAUGUAAUACAUGGAAAAUAUACAAAUGUAUUAAG